AGCCUUUACAUUUUUCCUCUUGACAAUACUCUUGUUGCUUCACUAUGUUAUGACCCAAACCAACAUUACGACUGAUCAAUUAGCUCUUCUCUCUUUGAAAUCUCAAAUUAGUUCCGAUCCUUUUCAUUACUUGGAUGAAAGUUGGUCUCCUACUAUUUAUGUUUGUCAUUGGGUAGGAGUCACUUGUGACUACCGUCACCAGAGAGUGAAGUCCUUGAAUCUUUCCGACAUGGCUCUUACCGGCAGGAUUCCUCGUGAUUUUGGAAACCUCACAUUUCUUGUUUCUCUUGAUUUGGGAAGGAACAAUUUCCAUGGAAAUUUGCCUCAAGAAAUGGUACGCUUACGUCGGCUUAAGUUUCUUAAGUUAAGUUUAAACAAAUUCAGAGGGGAAAUUCCUUCUUGGUUUGGGUUUUUAGAACAACUUCAAGUUUUAAAUCUUCAAAGAAAUAGUUUCACUGGUUUCAUUCCCCCGUCACUCUCGAAUGCCUCAAGGUUGGAGACUUUAGUAAUAUCUGACAAUUUACUUGAAGGAAACAUCCCGGAAGAGAUUGGCAAUCUUCACAACCUGAAAUUGUUGUCCAUACAAUAUAAUAUGCUUACGGGUUCUAUACCAUUCACAAUUUUCAAUAUUUCUAGUAUCCAAGUCAUUGCAUUUACAAACAAUAGCUUAUCAGGAAAUCUUCCCAAUGGUUUAUGCAAUGGUCUCCCGAUACUCAAAAAACUUUAUCUAUCUGGAAACAAACUUCAUGGUCAUAUGCCUACAAGCUUGUCAAAUUGUUCACAAUUGCAAAUUUUGUCUCUAUUUGAAAAUGAUUUUGAUGGACCAAUACAUAGUGAAAUUGGAAGAUUGAGUAACUUGCAGAUAUUGUAUCUCGGAUCCAACCAUUUCACAGGGAUAAUUCCACAAGAAAUCGGAAAUCUUGUUAAUUUGAUGAAGUUAGCCGUGGAGAUAAACCAGAUUACCAGCUCUAUCCCGAUCUCCAUAUUCAAUAUCUCAUCGUUGCAAUUUGUUUCACUAUGGUCGAACAAUCUCAAGGGAUCCUUACCACGCGAGAUUGGCAACUUAACCAAGAUGCAAUUUUUAUAUCUAGAGGAGAAUAGGUUUACUGGUGAAAUACCCAAAGAGAUGAGAAAUCUCGUUGAGUUGGAGGUACUUAAUCUUGAGUUUAAUAGUUUUAGUGGUUCACUUCCAAUGGAGAUCUUCAACAUAUCACGACUGAGAAAUAUUGCUCUUUCAGGCAAUAAUCUAUCAGGAACUCUACCACCAAACAUAGGUUCUACCUUACCCAACAUUGAAAUACUUUAUCUGAAUAGCUUAACCAAUCUUGUUGGGACUAUUCCUCAUUCUAUCUCCAAUUGUUCAAAGCUUACUAGACUAGAUCUUUCAAGAAACAAACUCAGUGGCUUGAUUCCCAAUUCUCUUGGAUAUUUGACUCAUCUAAACAUCUUAAACUUCCGGGGAAACAAUUUAACCUAGUGAUUCAUUUUUAAGCUUCCUCACUUCCUUAACCAAUUGCAGAAGAUUAACAGUUCUUUAUGUAUCUUUCAACCCUCUAAAUGCCAUGCUUCCGGUCUCCGUAGGGAACUUCUCCAUAUCUCUUAUAGAUUUUGAUGCCAAUGAUUGCAACAUCAAAGGCAAGAUUCCAAAUGAAGUUGGAAACUUAAGCAACUUAUUAGACCUUGAUCUUUCUGAUAAUAACUUGAUUGGAUCAAUUCCUACAUCAAUUCACAACUUGAGAAACCUUCAGCGCCUGUACUUGAACAACAACAAGCUUACAGGAUUUAUUGGAGAUAAUUUAUGUAAAUUGCAACAUUUGGGAGAUAUUUACUUGGGUCAAAAUCAACUUUCAGGAGCACUUCCUAAUUGUUUAGGGAAUGUUACGUCCCUUAGGUUCUUACAUCUUGAUUCCAAUAAAUUGAGUUCCAAUAUACCACCAAGCUUGGGGAAUCUUAGAGAUCUAGUGGAGCUUAACUUAUCAUCAAACAACAUGGUUGGUUCUUUACCUCUGGAAAUUGGAAAUCUAAAGGCUGCAAUAUAUAUGGAUCUGUCAAUGAAUCAAUUCACAAAUGGAAUUCCUAGAGAAAUUGGAGGAUUGCAAAAUCUGGUGCAUCUUUCUUUGAGACACAACAAGUUGCAAGGAUCUAUACCUGACUCAGUGAGCAACAUGGUAGGUUUGGAAUUCCUAGACAUUUCUCAUAAUAAUAUAUCAGGAACCAUUCCUAUGUCUAUGGAGAAACUUCAAUACCUCAAGUAUUUCAAUGUUUCUGUCAACAAGCUGUACAGUGAAAUACCCUCGGGGGGUCCUUUCAAGAACCUCUCGAGUCAAUUUUUCAUCGACAAUGAAGCAUUGUGUGGUU